AUGGAAGCCCCCCAGCCAAAUAUCGCAAAUAUCAAUGCCGCCGUCGCUGGUAUGACUGCCCAAGGAAACGCAAUUUCCCAGGGCGUUCAGGUCUAUAACGGCCACGUUCAGCAGCUCACUACUGAGCUGGCACGCUGUGGCAACUUCCCGGUUGCUCAAAUGCAGCAGCAGCUGGCUGCCAUUGAUCAGUCACUGGGCAAAAUCCACGCCGAGAUGUUCAACUUCCGGGCCCUACUGCAAAACGGCCAU